UAAAAAAUAAUGGUUUUAUUCAACGAGAACUAGAUUAUGAUAUUAGUGAUACACCAAAGAAUAUACUUGUCGGAUCUACAAUUGGCGGAGGAAGUCAUCUCAAUCCAAUGUUGGAAAUUUGCAAGAUUUUGGUGGAUCGUGGAUAUAACGUAACAUUAGUAUCUCCUGGAAACUUUACGGCUACAUCUACCUCGUACCGUUCAAUUCCACAAAUUAUUACUGAAAGAUCUAUUGAACCUGAUGAGUCUUCAGAGUUUAAGAAAGUAUUUUAUGAUGAAUAUACUUUUAAAAGUUGGGUCAAUGGAAUAAAGCUGGUUGAUAGGAGUUAUACCAAAUACUUUAAUGACUAUGUGAAAGCUUCUAAAGAAAUUAAGCCUGAUUUAUUUCUUUGCGACUAUGAUGCAAAUGAGGCUUGCUUUGAUCUAGCGUGGAAAUUAAAAAAGCCUGUCGUUGGAAUUACUAGCGGUACUGUGUUUUUUACUCCUCCACCUCCCGUUAGAUCAGAUCCAUAUAUGGGUUGUCAUGUAAAUAUGGAAAAUGAAUCCUUCUACGAUCGGUUUAUGUGUGCCAUAGUGCAACCACUACGACUUAACUGGCUUGUUCAAGAUAAUUUAAAUUAUAUCAAUGCUAGAAGAGCCGAUGUCGGUGUUAGUAAACAUCAUGACUUUAGAGGAAGAACUAACACUUUAUUUUUAAUCGAUAGUUUCUUUGGAUUUGAGGUCCCUACCGCUUGGCCUCCGCUUCAUCAAGAAAUUGGUCCCAUUUUACCUGAUAUUUUUCCAGAUUUAUCUCCUGAUCUUGAAUUAUUUCUUUCCAAUCACCCUAGAACAAUGUAUGUGGCUUUUGGAACUUAUGUAUAUACUACUUCUGAAAAUUAUGCUACUAUCUUACAGUCUGCUCUUGAAUUAAUUAACCGGAAUAUUAUCGAUGGUAUGAUCUGGGCAACUGUAAGAUUUAAUGAAUCAGAAUUACCUUCUACCCUUCACCUCUCUACUGGUGAUAUUAUAUCCACAUCAAAUCUUUUAAAUAAUUUAUAUCCGCGUAUUUAUAUCACUAAGUUCGCACCUCAGUUUGCAAUACUUUCGCAUGAAAAUACUAAAGUGUUUUUAAGUCAUGGUGGUGUAGGUAGUAUUCAUGAAUCUAUGUAUACUGCUGUUCCAAUGUUAGUACUUCCAAUAGCGUUCGAUCAACUUGGAAAUGCUGAAAGACUAGAACGCACGGGUAUGGCCUUAGCACUUUCAAAACUUGAUUUAAAAGUUGAUGAUAUUAUAUCAAAGGUUAUAAGAUUAGUGAAUGAUGAAAGUUUUAAAAUUAAUGCAAAGAAAAUGCAAGUGAUGGCAAAAUAUAAUAGCAAAAGAAAGUAUAGGGGUGCAGACUUAAUUGAGAUUAUGAUGAAUCUAGCAAAGUUCGAAGGUGUUAAAAAUGAAAAUGGUGAAUUAGAGGUAAACUUUGAUGCUUUGUUAAGAAAUUGGAUAUCUCCUGAGUCAAGAAUGGGAUUUUUUAGAGGAACUUAUUUAGAUGUUUUUGGUGUUGCCGUGAUUAUUGGUAUAGCAUUGAUUAGUAGUCUUGGUUACGGUUUUUACAUGGCUGUUAGGUUCGCUUUCAACAAAUUGUCUCUGGGAAAUGAAAAUCGCCUAAAAGCUAAAAAUGAAUAG